CCCUCCUCGAUCUGUCUAGAGCUACGACGCUUUCAUCUUUUCACCAUGCCUCGUUGGCUCAUUUCUUGACAUUUUUACUUUUCCACAACCUUCAACACUUGCUAAUUCACCAAAGACACGCCUAUAAAUACCACCUUACUCCUAAACCCUGAAUCCAAGCCAAGCAAGCAGUAACUCUCUAAGUCAGAGACGUUUGUCUCAAGAUGGCGCUGUCCUUCAAGCUGUCCGUGGCCCUGCUCCUGGCGGUGCUCGCCGCGGCGGCCGCGACGGCGGCGGCCGCCGGCGGCUGCCAGAAGAACAAGAAGAUCACCGUGCAGAACCUGUGUGGGCACGACCUGCCGUUGACGCUCACCCGCCUGGCGAACAGCGACCCUAUCUUCGGCGACAACACCAACGUCCAUGUGCUCCGCCACGGCACGCACGCCGAGUUCCCCGUCUGCUGGUGGACGGGGCGCCUGGACGCGCCCGGCGCGCCGCAGACGGAGUUCCACCUCGGCGUCGACGGCGGCGCGUGGUACAUGGCCCCCAACGCCCAGCCGGGCCAGGCCGUCCCGGUGACCGUCACGCCGCACACGACGCGCGGGGCGCUGCAGGGCCACUGCCCCGCCGUCGGCUGCCCCCGCCACGGGGUCUGCUUCCAGCACGCCGUGCCGGGGGGCAACUGCCACAACGUCGACGAGAUCAAGAUCAUCUACUGCAGCCCCUGAUCAAGAUCAUCUACUGCACCCACGAUCUAGUCUAGUAGAGUAAUAAUAACACUCCGUGUUAUCGUGUGGGAGUAGAUCGAUGUGAGCCAUGCCCAUGCGUGUCAUGUGUCUUCUUCGUAGUCACGCCGCGUCUUUGGUUCGGUGUUUUCAUCUUAUUCCAGUUGAUUUGGUCAGGGUUUAGUUUAAUUUUGGGGUGUGUCCAUGUACGCGCUUUCGUGGCAAAUCUACAUUUUAUCAAACGCUGAGAAACAUUCAUGGAUUCA